GGUACGUGGCGUCUGCAGCAGAAGACGAGGAUGCCGCCCCCGUCCAGCUGCCGGAUGCACCGGAGUUUGACCUGGUCCACUCGGCCAACAAGACAGCCACCGUGGGCGGGUCGGUCAUCCUCAACUGUCGCGUGCGUCACAUCGGAUCACUAACGGUAUCCUGGGCACAUGAGCUGCAGGUGCUGGCCAAUGGAAUGCACGUGUUUGCCGACCCACGCCGGUUCAAACCGCUGCACCAAAAGUACAGCGACGACUGGAGUCUGAGGAUCCGUUCGGUACGACCGUCAGACGCCGGAUUGUACCUGUGUCAAGUCGGAACAACACCGCCCAUCGCUCACUACCUCUAUCUGACCGUUAUCGAGCCCAGGGUGGAAAUCGUCGGAGGUCCCGACUUGUACAUCAACAGGGGUAGCAACGCCAACCUCACCUGCGUAAUACAUGGUGACUACAACGGGCCCAACAACGUCCGCUGGACGCACAACAACAAGCUGGUGCAGUUUGACCCGUCUCGGAGCGGAGUCCGGGUCACCACCACCCACAAGGAGGACCGCACCAUCAGCUCGUUCAGCAUCGAGCGAGCCCUACCCUCCGACUCGGGGGAGUACUUCUGUGACCCGGAUGGCCUUCACCAGGUCAAGGUCAUCGUGCACGUGCUCAUCGAUGACCACCCAGCAGCGAUGCAGACCAGCGGUCAGAUCGGUCUCAGCCAAUCAGCUGCCGCCUCCCUGCUGCUGCUGCUGAGUGGAACAGCACUGCUGCUGGGCCGCGGCUAGUGUCGGCUGGGCCGCACAGCAGGCCACCGCCAUUGCCCAGCGCUCGACUGAUCACUGCUGGCCACCAGAGAGCCGACGGGAUCCCAGAAGCAUCAGGUGACAGGAGUGACCACCACCGCACCGAGUCUACAGGUGGGCAUCUCAAACUCCACAACCUAAAAAUGGAGUGUGUUCACAUCCCCUGGACACGCGAGGUGUCGCAAAUACUCUGAUUCUCGGUGGGGUUGAGCCGCGACCGGCCGAUCGGCUCGCCGGGGCGCGGGCGGAGCCAGAGACGGAUGGAUGGUGGGAACUGGGAAGUGGGCGGCUAGUGGUCCGCCGCCGCCGGCAGGGGGUCGGUAAUCGCCCGGCUCGGACGGUCGGACGGCUGACAGCGACGGAUGAGAUCCGGAGCCCAGCGGCUCUGAGGGGGUAUGUGAGGGGGGGGGAAGCGGAUUGGUGUGAUGGUGUAAGUGUGACACUAUGACAGCGCCGUGUGAUGAGAUGACAGUGAAUUAUCACGCUCCUCGGAGCCGGCUGAUGCCGGAGCGAUCGUCAGCGGCGCGGACGAGCGAGCGCCGCUCUCGAGACGGGGUCGAUACGGGACGAUCGGGAAGGCGGUGACCGGCUCUACAGGUCCGGUGGCGUGCGUCUCCCGUCAUGUGAGCCCGAGUGGAACUAAAUGUGACACCUGUCGCCACGCCCUGUCACCGGACCACAAAACUCCGGUCUUGGACCCAUCGGACCGAUCUCGGAUCCGAUCUUGGAUCCGAUCUUGGAUCCGGUCUCGGACCCAGCGGCAAACGCCGGCGCGCCUCAGCGCCCAGUCUUUCAUGCCUUCACUGGCUCCGUUACCUGGCGUCUGCAGUGUUUCGGGCGCCGCUCGCUGGAUCGGGGGCUGGUGUGGGUCCUCUCAGCGGCCUGGUGUGGCGCUGUGCCGAGCGCCAGUGAGCCGCACAUCGGAAAUGUGGUGUGAUUUGUGGGAAAUGUGUUGCGAAGUGUGCACUGUGUAAUGUGUAUGAGUGACUGAAUUCGGCGCUGAGCUCGCGCACAUGUACAGUUUGACGUUGGACGAUGGUUUGUAUUCCAUGACUUGGUGUUAAUUCUCAGUGUUUGCCUCAGGUGGUUUUAUUUGUGUUUAUUCCUGCCAAGCCACCGACAGUCUGGUUUGUAUGGGCGCACAAUGUUGGAGGCAUAAAAGGACGUAAGAUUAUUGAGUGUUAAUUGUUUGUUGUUCAGCCGCAAUAAGUUCUUGACAUUAAAGAUAGGAGGUGUUUUAUAAGCACCCGUCUAGUUUGGCUAUUGCAUGUUUUAUUGAAGACUACCGAACAAAGUCUACGUAAUAUAAUAUUGAACCGUCAUAUGUUUCACAUCCGGUCAUAAGUAAUUUCUGUAUUCACUUACCCACAUCAUUAGACGAAAUUAGGGAGUAGACAAAAAGCAGCUUCAUACAAGCGUUUGAUGUGAUGUUUUUAUGUUGUACUGGAUCGUUAUCAACAAUAAACGAAACGAACGACGCUGACAGCUCCGACUGUUUGAUUAUUUAAAAAG